AUGGAUCAAAGGACAGAGGAGGAGCCGGAGCCCAUCACUCUGAAGUCCGUGAAGGAUUUCAAAUGGUUUUCGGUGCCUCAGAGCGACCGUUUUGGGGCCUGCAGGAGUGUGCGGGAGUUUGAGAAGUUGAACCGAAUCGGAGAAGGAACCUACGGCAUCGUGUACCGCGCCCGCGACACCGUCACCGGGGAAACGGUGGCUCUCAAGAAGGUGCGGAUGGACAAGGAGAAGGACGGACUCCCCAUCAGCUCUCUGCGGGAGAUCACGGUCCUCCUCCGCCUCCGGCACCCAAACGUGGUGGAGCUGAAGGAGGUGGUGGUGGGCUCGCACCUCCUCAGCCUGUUCCUGGUCAUGAGUUACUGUGAGCAGGACCUGGCCUCGCUCCUGGACCAUAUGCAGAGUCCUUUCACUGAGGCCCAGGUCAAGUGCAUCGUGCUGCAGGUCCUCAGGGGCCUCGAGUACCUCCACCACAACUUCAUCCUCCACCGGGACCUCAAGGUGUCCAACCUGCUGAUGACGGACGAGGGACAGGUGAAGAUCGCAGACUUUGGCCUGGCGCGCUCCGCUGGGCUCCCGGUCAGGCCCAUGACGCCCCGUGUGGUGACUCUGUGGUACCGCGCCCCGGAGCUGCUGCUGGGCUCGGUGACCCAGGGCCCGGCCGUGGACAUGUGGGCCAUGGGCUGCAUCUUGGCCGAGCUUCUGCUGCACAAGCCCCUUCUCCCCGGGGCCUCGGAGAUCCAGCAGCUGGACCUGAUCGUGCAGCUCCUCGGGUCUCCUAACGACGCCAUCUGGCCCGGCUUCUCCCGCCUCCCUCUGGUCGGCAGCUAUAGCCUUCGGAAGCAGCCGUACAACAACCUGAAGAGCCGCUUCAGCUGGUUGUCCGAGGCGGGCCACAGGCUUCUCAACACGCUGUUCAUGUACCAGCCGCAGAGACGGGCGUCGGCCGCGGACUGUCUCCAGAGCUCCUACUUCAAGGAGAAACCUCUGCCCUGCGAACCCGAGCUCAUGCCCACUUUUCCACACCACCGCAACCAGAGAGGGAGGGCCGAGGUCAGCAGGAGGAGCCAGGGGACGAGCUCCAAGGCCCAGGAGAAGGUCACGGGGCCACAGGAGCGCAGAGGAGGGCCCCGGAGCGAGAAGGAGGAGAGGAGGCGCAGUGUGGGGGACAGAGGACCAGGGGCCAAGAGGAAGAAAGUGUAG